AGAUUCCUGACCAAAAUGGACAGGCAGGAGAUGGAGUUUCAGCAGAUGCUGUUUAGAGUGCAGGAGUCUCUCAGUGGAGAUGAGGUGCAGGACCUGGUGUUUCUGUGCUCCGAUCUGCUCAGUCUAAAAGACCUCAGCACUGUGUCCACAGCCAGAGAGCUUUUCGGUCUGCUUGAGACCAGAGACCUGCUGUCAUCCGAGGAUCCAUCUCUGCUUCUAGAGCUGCUCAAGAUCACAAAACAGCACAGCCUGAUCCGGAACCUGUGCUUAGAUGCACAUAAGCAAACCAGCGGCACAACAGGAGGUCAGAUCUCCUCCUACAGACAGUUGUUGUUUGAGUUGUCAGAGUCCAUCACUGAUGAGGACCUGAAAAACAUAAAAUUCCUGCUGAGAAAAACACUACCACGCAAAAAACUGGAGCAGCACAUAACGCUGUUUCAACUGUUUGUGGAGCUAGAAAAGGAAGACCUUUUGGAUGAAAAUAAUUUGGACGUUCUGCAGAGAAUGAUUGGAAAUAUCAAUCCUACUUUAAAAAAAAGAAUUAUUCUUUAUAAAACAAAGAUUGGUGAUAUGUUCAUUGCGCAGGAGACUGGGAAUAUUUCUUCUGUGUCGUGCACACCAGCUGAGGCAGAAUGGAACAACACGAUGCCCUCACCACUGACAUCUCCCUCAUCAGUUGACAUAAUGGAGGAGCAGGUGGACAGACUUUGUCUGACUGAAGGUGCUGAGUUUAUUGGAGAUCAGAGCCAGCAUUUGGAAUUCAACUCCGAGAUUGAAAAUGAGUGCCUAUAUGUGUCCGCUACUGAGAAUCUAGAGAUCCAGAAGUAUGAGAUGAAGGGUGACUGGAGAGGAACCUGUGUAAUCAUCAAUAAUUAUGAUUUCAAUGCAUGCAACUUGCCGAAAAGAGAAGGAACAGACAUCGAUCAAAAGACUUUGGUGGCUGUGUUCCAGUGGUUGGGUUUUGAUGUCCUGACCGAACAGGACUGCAGUCGGGAGCAAAUACUGAAGGUGCUAAACGACCUGGGCCAUCGUGACCACUCUCGGGCAGAUUGUGUGGUGUGCUGCGUGCUUAGCCAUGGACGAUUGGAUGGUGUAGUUGGGGUUGAUGGACAGAGUGUCACCUUUAAGGAGCUGAUGAAUCCUCUGCAGUGCCCUACUCUCUACCAGAAACCCAAACUCUUUUUCAUCCAGGCCUGCAGGGGCACCAGUCAUCAGAGUGCCGUGGGUCCGCAGACCAACAGAGCUGAUGACAUGACAGUCAGCGAUGCAGUUGUGCCCAGAGACACCAUACCUGAGGCCGCGGACUACCUGUUUGCCAUGUCCACUGUACCUCACUAUGUUUCCUACAGGGAGAGAGACAAAGGAACCUGGUUCAUACAGUCACUCUGCUAUAACCUGCAACUGCUGGUGCCAAGGGGUGUUGAUCUGCUGUCCAUUCUGACUCGAGUGAACUUUGAUGUGAGCAGAAAGACGGACAAAUCUGACGUGAAAAAGCAGAUGCCACAGCCAGAGUUCACCCUCACUAAGAGAGUUGUUUUCCCUGUGCCGAAAACCUGUCCACCCCUUCAAUAAUGCCAUGCUGCUUUCCACUAUAGACUCAUACAGUGUACUUGUGUGUGUGUGUGUGUGUGUGUGUACUCUCACACACACCAGGAUGUUUACUUGCUGUCCAUGCUAAAAAUGUUUACAUGCUCUGAUGAUGAUUGUAACUGUUUGAUUUAUGUGUUAAAAAUCAGGGAAAAGAAGACAGUACUGUAUGCCUAUAUGGUACUUUACACAGUUUACAACACCUACUGCCUUGCUACAAUUAUUAAAGUAUUGUUCAUUGUUAGUUAUGUUAACUAAUGUAGUUAUGUAAGGGAUAAUGUACAGUCAGCCGGUUGUUAUCGAACAAUAAACCCCAACAGGGUGAUCAGGACUCCGACGCAAAGCGGACGUCUCUUGUAUCACCCUGAAGGGGUUUAUUUUGCGAUAACAACCGACUGACUGUACAUUAUCCCACUUAUUACAUGGCUACUAACCAAAUAAAUAAAUACAUGGACAUAAAAUAUUGAUUUGCAUUGAAAUUAUGUAAUCUGAGUAUAAAUAAAUCACCGAAAAGCUGAAAUCAACCUCCGGUUUGCGUCGGAGUUCUGUUGGUGUUUAUUUUGUAAAAAUGAUCAUCUGACUCCUCAUUAUUCAGCAUAUGACUUGACUACUUUCCAAAUAAAUAAAUAA